AACACCAAACAACAUUAAAAAAAAUACAAAUUCACUUCCUCUCCUUAACCUUAACCCUUCCUCUUCCCUCAUCCCAAUCCAUCCACUUUAAAAAAACAAAUUCACUCAAUUUUCUACGAAUCAAGAAAGCAAUUCUCUGUCUCUCCUCCCCUCCUAGCUAGUGAGAUAAAAUGUUGGAAUCUUGGAGAUUCUCCCACAUGAAAUUCAACUUGUUCACCACCAUCACCCUCGCAUCGAUCAUCUUGGUCCUAAUCUUCGCCGACAGCAUCUUCUCGAAGGUUCCAAUCCAGUUCGAGAAUCUCAGCGAUCAUCCCAAUCUGCUGCAGACUCAUCAAGCUGCCAGAAUGCUCAAAAUCACAUCAGCAGCAGGCUUCGAGAAGAUUCCGCUCCGGCCCGAACGGAAUCUCCUCAAGCCCGAGGAGCUGAGAAUCUUCUCGGAAUCUGAUCCCACCGGAAGAUUCGAUUCCCGAGUCCGAGGAUUCCUCCGCGGGAAUCAAUGCAGAUUCCAAGCAUUCAUGACGUGGAUUUCGCCGCUGGAUUCCUACGGAGAGAGGGAGUUUUCCGGAUUGGAAACGUUGUUCGAAACAAAUCCCUCCAUUUGUCUCAUCAUCCUGUCCGAGACCAUGGAUUCCGACAAGGGUCUCAAGAUUCUUGAGCCGUUGCUCGAACGCGGCUUUCGCGUUCGAGCAAUGGCUCCGGACUUGUGGGAUUUGAUCAGAAACACUCCCGCUGAGAUUUGGUUUAACGAGAUCAAGAAUGGAAUCAGGAAUCCCGGUGAGAUUCCCCUCCCACAGAAUCUAUCAAAUUUGAUCAGGCUUGCAGUUUUGUACAAGUAUGGAGGAAUCUAUUUAGACACGGAUUUCAUAAUCUUGAAGAGUUUGGAGGGUUUGAGGAAUUCGAUUGGUGCACAGAGUGUUGACCUGUUUGGGAAUUGGACAAGAUUGAACAAUGCAGUUCUUGUUUUUGACAGAAAUCAUCCACUUGUUUACAAGUUCUUGGAGGAAUUUGCUUCAAAUUUUGAUGGGAAUGUGUGGGGUCAUAAUGGGCCAUAUUUGGUCUCUAGAGUGGUGGAGAAAUUGGAUAGGGCAGAGGAGUUUAAUUUGACGAUUUUGCCCCCGAUGGCGUUCUACCCGGUCUCCUGGACGAGGGUGACCGGGUAUUUCGCCAGGCCUAGUGGUCGAGGAUGGCAAUCUACCCGCGGGCAACGGAUAUCCGCGAAAACCCGAACCUAUUAGGGUGGGUUUGGAUACCAUUUGAUAUCCACGGAUAGUUUCAUGGUUGCAAUUCACUAUCCAUUUAGUUCGUGGGUAUGGGUUUGGAUACUUACUAUCCAUACCCGCAAAACCCGUUUACCCGCGAAAAAUACCCGCCAAUUACCCGUCAAUUAUCCGUGAAUUACCCGUCAAAUAUCCACCUAAAAUUCCAUAAAAUAUGGGCUUUGAAUAUAUAUUUUGAGAUUAUGUGCUAGCAUAUUAUAUCUUAAAAUAGGCCCAAACAGAAAUUGAACUAAGGCCCAAAUUCUAAUAGUCUAAUUUAAAUUUGAAUUUUGUUGAGCAAUUAUAGAAUUUUGUUGGAUUUUAUAUUUUAGUUGAUGAAUUUGAAUUUAAACAUUGUUCUUUGUGGAUUUCAAC